UUGUGUGGCCGUUAGGAAUUCGUAAGCCAAUCCACAGAAACUGAUAACUCAGUGCGCACUCCAAAAACCUCGCCUUCUAUAAAUUCCCAAUCAAAGGUCUCAUCUCUAUGCCCAUCUCGAACACAAUCCAUCCAAAGCACCCUUCUCUCCCCAUUUCGUCGUCUUCUUUCUAAAAACCCAACUACCCACUAUUCCAAUGUCCGCCUUUGGAUCAAUGGCUACUUCACUCUCCACCAUUGGAGCUGUUAACAGAGCAGCGUUGAAUUUGAACGGUGCAGGUGCAGGAGGACCUUCAGUACCUAGCCCAUCAUUUUUUGGAAGUAGCUUGAAGAAUGUAAACCCAAAAAUCAAAAGCAAGAGGGUUUUAUCAGGGAAAUUCAAGGUUUCUGCUGCAGAUUAUAAUGAGGAGAAACAGACUUCUAAAGACAGAUGGGGAGGUCUUGCUUAUGACAUGUCGGAUGAUCAACAGGACAUUACUAGAGGAAAAGGAAUGGUUGAUACUUUAUUCCAAGCUCCUAUGGAAUCUGGAACUCAUUAUGCAGUGUUGAGUUCAUAUGAUUAUAUAAGCCAAGGUCUUCGACAGUAUAAUUUGGAUAACAAUAUGGAUGGUUUCUACAUUGCACCUGCAUUUAUGGAUAAGGUGGUUGUACACAUUACCAAGAAUUUUUUGAACCUCCCUAAUAUUAAGAUUCCUUUGAUCUUGGGGAUUUGGGGAGGUAAAGGUCAAGGAAAAUCAUUCCAGUGUGAGCUUGUGUUUGCCAAAAUGGGAAUCAAUCCAAUCAUGAUGAGUGCUGGAGAAUUAGAAAGUGGGAAUGCAGGAGAGCCUGCAAAAUUGAUCAGGCAAAGAUAUCGCGAGGCAGCAGACAUAAUUAAGAAGGGAAAGAUGUGUUGCCUUUUCAUCAAUGACUUAGAUGCCGGGGCCGGUAGAAUGGGUGGAACUACGCAGUACACAGUCAACAAUCAAAUGGUAAAUGCUACUUUGAUGAACAUUGCAGAUAAUCCCACUAAUGUGCAGCUCCCUGGUAUGUACAACAAGGAGGAGAACCCUCGCGUUCCCAUUAUUGUUACUGGCAAUGAUUUCUCAACAUUGUAUGCUCCUCUCAUUCGUGAUGGUCGUAUGGAGAAAUUCUACUGGGCUCCCACUCGAGAAGACAGGAUCGGUGUGUGCACAGGGAUUUUUAGGUCUGAUAAUGUGCCAAAGGAGGAUAUUGUAAAGCUUGUUGACACCUUCCCCGGUCAAUCAAUUGAUUUCUUUGGUGCAGUCAGAGCAAGAGUGUAUGAUGACGAAGUAAGGAAAUGGAUUUCGGGUAUAGGCGUAGAAAACAUUGGAAGAAGGCUAGUGAACUCGAAAGAGGGACCUCCAACUUUCGAUCAACCGAAGAUGAGCCUGGACAAGCUUCUUGAAUAUGGAAACAUGCUUGUUCAAGAACAGGAGAAUGUUAAGAGAGUCCAAUUAGCUGACAAGUACUUGAAAGAAGCAGCUCUUGGAGAUGCAAAUGAAGAUGCAGUGAAGAAUGGAACCUUCUAUGGUCAGACCCCUUCAUCCUAAAAAGGCCUUCAUGAGGAAGGCAAAGCAGCACAGCAAGUUAACGUUCCAGUUCCUGAAGGUUGUACUGAUUCAUCGGCUAAAAACUUCGAUCCAACGGCUAGGAGUGACGAUGGGAGCUGUGAAUACCAAUUUUAGGUCUCUCCAAAGCAUUUGGAGUAUGUUGUAGAGAGCAUAUAGGAAGAAUGUUAGUUACUCUUACAAUUAUGUCGAGGUGUAUAUUUAUUUUAAGCUAAAUGAACAUAAAUAAUCACACUUAAAAUAGUUUUAUAAUGGACAAACCUGUGAAAAAUUGAA